CGGUAUCUCAUUCUAAUUUCACCAAAAUGCAAAUUCGCUCUAGAUAAUCUUGACUCUUGACUUUGUACCGGCUGAUAAGAUGUAAAUAUACUUUUUAUAUGUUAUUAUAAAUGAUGUAUAAAUAUAUAAAAGGAUAUGGCAUCAAUAAUAUUAAGACGUAUUUUUCAAAAAAGGUACUUGAUUAUACCAAGCACUUCACAUUGCCUCAAUGUUAUCCCUAAACACGAUGUUUGGUAUUCAACAAAGAAAUCUGUAACUAACAUUGAACCCAGUGAAACUGAUACAAAAGUACAAGUUGGCACAGCAAAAAUAGUCAAAGAAAAUCUGAAAUCUGCUGGACAACUAGGAAUAAUAAUAAGUGGCAUUGGAAUUACAGCUUUUGUAUUGUAUACCUUAUUUUCUGAAUUAUUCUCCAGUGAAAGUCCAGAUGCCAUUUAUAGCAAAGCUCGGGUACGUUGCAUGGAACAUCCAAAACUUAUAGAUCUGCUUGGUGCUCCUAUAAAGGCUUACGGUGAUGAAACAAAUCGUAGACGCAGGAGACGUAUCAGUCAUAUGUAUUUCAUUAAGGAUGGUAUCAAAUAUAUGAGACUGAAGUUUUAUUUAGAAGGAACAAGACGACGUGGCACGGCAUUUGUAGAAGUGAAGAAAAAUGAAUCUGAUAAAUAUGAAUAUUCAUACCUAUAUGUUAUGGUGAAUCAUUUUGGAAUAAUUGCAAUAGAACCCGAACAGAAUGUUGCUGAUAUGCAGCAAAUUUAAGAAUUUAUAUUGGAUUUUAGAUGACUUAAUAUAAGAGAGAGAUAAUUGAUAAUUAUAUAAUAUAUCUAGAUAUGUAAAUAAUAUUUUGUAUUAUUAAACAUAUAUAAUGUAAUUUUAUACAAGAUUGUAGCUUUUUUAUAUAAUAUUUUUUCUUUUAUACUUAAAUUGUUCUAUUUAUUUAUUUUGUAUUCUAAAGUUUAAUUUUUUAAUUUGCUUUGUUAGUGGAUUAAUAGAAAACUGCUAAAUGUUGAUUAAUCAUUGUUUCUUAAAAUAUAAAAAUCAACUGGCUCUUUUUAAAUAAAGCUGCAAUUGUUUAAUAUAUUU